AUGAAGCUCAUCGCCACCGUCGCCGUUGCUUUGGCGGCUCUUGCCCUAGCUGCGCCCAACCCCGAAGGUCAGACGACUUCAAUCAAACUCAGCAAGGACUAUGUCGACGCCAUCGUAGCCGCGUAUCCCGAUUCUUUCGAAGGCCAAGGCAGAAGCUUUUCGAAACGACGAUUGCGCAAACCGGCGCUUACGCGGUUCCCUCGUACCAUUUCAAAGUCCAGUCAGGCCAGCAUUCGUUUCAAACUUUUGGUGGAGAUGAUUCACUGCGACGUGAGUCGGAACGGUCGAUCACCGACGCGAAUCCGAGCACAGGGCAUUGUUCCGCUCUACCGGCCGACACACCCUGCCCCUCCUCGGCGCCGGCCGAUCGGAGUCCGGCAGUACACGCCAAGGCUAAGGCGGGAAGACCCGCGCCGGGGAACUGCUCCGGGAAAGCGGGGCGACCUCCGUCUGCCGCAGAUGAACGCCGAGGAGAACGGGCAGGAGACGAUGCUCCGCCCUCCUCUUUCCCCCUCCUCGCCUGUGCAGCUACCCGCCCUCGCAGGUUCUCCCUUCCCGAGCUGCCGCAACCAACUCUCAUCCAAUCUUCAAACGUCAAGCCCAAGCACCCACGUCUUGAACGAAUCGAGCAGGUGUCUGCUCAGAGCAUCACUGCAAUCUCGCUUAUCGACCACCAUGGCUACCAAGCCGGACGCAAAUGCCGGAGAUCCCAUCAGCACCGAGAACCAAGUGCUUAGUGCUGGUGCUUCAGUAGUGCAGGACUUCGCACCAUUAAGCAAUGUCUGCGCUCACCUCAACGCCUUUCACGCAUAUGCUUCUGAUCCCACACGCGUGGUGGAGGCAAAUCAUUACUGCGGGUACUUGAACGAAGAUGUCCGUCAAUGCAUACUCUACGAUAGCCCCGCGAAGAAUGCACGCAUCAUUGGCAUCGAGUACAUGAUCACACCAAAGCUCUACGAAACCUUGGACUCGGAGGAGCGAAAGCUCUGGCACAGUCAUGUGUAUGAGGUCAAGUCAGGCAUGCUCAUCAUGCCACAGGGAAAGCUACCGGACUUGGCUUGGCAAGCGGCAGAGAAUAAGGAGAUGGAGCAAGUCGUCCAGCUCUAUGGAAAAGUGUUCCACCUCUGGCAGGUCGACAAAGGCCACCAGCUGCCCGUGGGCGAACCGCAACUCAUGACAAGCUUCACCCAGACAGGCCAAUUGGACUUUGCCAAGUACGUUGGCGACCGAGACAAAAGGUUCAACUCAGAUUAUAAGCAAAAAGAGGAGGCUCGGAAGCAUAUUGCGAGCCCGUCGGUUCAUCCCGACGCUGACCAAGCCUGGAAGGAGAAGGACAAGAACAAGGGAGUCUCGUAA